AUGGUUUCCGCUACUCCUUUCCGUCGCGCCGAAUUCAAGAGCGCCUACGGCCCCAAGUACCAGUACCAGCCGAACUUCAACGGUUGGUCCGGCCAGACCAUGUUCCGCACUGCCUUCCGUCUGUCCCUGUUCGGCGGUGCCGCUGCUGUCGGCGCUCUUCUCUUCGCCUCUGGCAUUCCUCGCAUUCAGCACGACAUUCUCAACAAGAUCCCCGGCAUGGCCCAGUUCUACCACAAGGAGGUUCACCCUCAGGACAACCCUUUCUAA